AUAAGCUUUUUGACGAGAAGGGAGUGUUUGGUAGAGUAUGCAGACAUGAAUACCCAAGGGGAUUUAUGAGUAUCAAACAUGGAGAAAGGAUAGCAUAUUCAGUGUAUGAGGUUAAAAAGCUUCUGUGUCAUUAUGAUGAGGAUACUGAUGUUAAAAUAAUGUAUGACAUUGCAUGUACUUUGUCUGCCCACCUAAAGAAAAACGAAGAGCAUACCAUUCUUGGACGCAUUGACUUGGCAAUUCCUGUUUUCCAUGCAUAUGGACAUAAAUCUUCUUGCCAGGUUGCUUUUGGUCCUAGAAGAAAGGAGGGAUUUGGCCUUACUGACGGUGAAGGAAUUGAAAGACUUUGGUCUUACCUCAGAGGAUUUUCAUCAAUGACAAAGGAAAUGACAGCUGGUCGAAGGGUUGACGUAUUAACAGAUGCGCUUCUUCACCAUGCAAGACAUGUCUUCUACAGUUUGGCUAGUUGA